AUGAAACCGCGCGUACCGCUCUUGUCCGACUAUGGAAUCUCGCCGACGCACGGCUUCUUGCCUGAUGUCUUGCCCUUGACGAGGCUUCCAGACCCAUACUACAACAAGUGGGAGUCCAUUGCUUCCAACUUGCAGAGCUUGAUCCUUAGCAAGCGUCUUCGAGGAGUCAUCGAUCGUCUGCCCGUGUUUUCCACCAUCGGUCUGGAACAUGACGCGGAAUGGAGAAGGGCUUACAUGCUCCUCACCUUCUUUGCUCAUGGCUACAUCUGGGGGGGUGACACCCCCUGUGAUCGUGUGCCGCCGAGCAUCUCGGCCCCCUUGCUGAAGAUCUGCGACCAUCUUGAGAUCCCGCCCGUGUCGACGUACGCCGCCUCGGUGCUCUGGAACUUCAAGCCGCUCUUCAUCGACGAGGGCAUUGAUGAUCUCGACAAUCUCUCCACACUGGUGACCUUCACUGGAUCCCUGGAUGAAUCCUGGUUCUAUCUCGUGUCCGUCGCCAUCGAGGCUCGAGGUGGUCCCAUCAUCACUCUCAUGCUGACCGCCGUGGCGGCUGCUCGGGAAGGCGACAGCGCAACCGUGACACGUUGCCUACGUGCCUUUGCCGAGCGCCUGGAUGACCUAGGUGAGCUGCUUCGUCGCAUGCAUGAGAACUGCGACCCCGGAUUUUUCUAUCGUCGCAUUCGCACCUUCUUGGCCGGCAGUAAGAAUAUGGCUGAAGCUGGGCUCCCUUACGGCGUCAUCUACGAUGAUGGGAGCGGCAACUCUGACUAUGUUCAAUACAGCGGUCCCAGCAACGCUCAGAGCAGUCUGAUACAAUUCUUUGAUAUCAUUCUCGGCAUUGAACAUCGCCCUACUGGUGAAAAGGCUAGUCACGCUUCCGAAUCCGAGCGCGAAGGUCGAAGCACUGCGCCAAAGCACAACUUCAUUCGCGAUAUGCGGCGAUAUAUGCCUGGCGCACAUGCGCGCUUCUUGGAGGAUGUCAGUCGGGUUGCAAAUAUCCGGGAUUUUGUCGAGGAACGCCGCGAUACCGACAAGCCGCUUAGCAUUGCCUACGAUGCUUGCUUAGCCAUGUUGCGAGCUUUCCGGGAUAUUCACAUCGCCAUUGUCACUCGCUACAUCGUCCUCCCAUCCCGCGAGAACCGAGCUCGAUCUCGCAGCCCCGAGGCGACCCGGAAUCGCCAGAACCUUGCUACCGCCUCUCGCCACGAGGACCACAAAAAGGUCAAGGGCACCGGUGGCACAGCAUUGAUCCCUUUCCUCAAGCAGGCUCGGGAUGAAACUGGCGAACCUGCAGUAGAGGACUGGGCCAAGAGGUUCAUGAGUAGACAGACGAAAGUCUCGGGUCAAGGAGACUUCUUCCUUGGAAAAGCAGAGGAGCAAGUUCCCCUGGAUGAACCCAUCGUUGAACAUGGACUUGCGGGUACCUGGAGUAUGGAUGACGAUGUGGGCGGAAUCUGCUCUUAUUAA